UGCAAAACUUCACUUCCCCGAACCUGGCAUCUUCCAAGAGGAGAAAAAAUUAAGGGAGCUCAGUCAGAUGAUAUAGUUGUUCAAGGGUAUGACACUGAGAACCCUACUCGUGUCACUGAAGGUGUCCAUUCUAACCUCUACAAUCCUUUGCAAUCACCUCUACCACCAAUCCAAAACUUAGUUGUUUCACUAAGGGACAUUAGGCCGAAUCUGUUACUUCUGACAGUCUCUGUACCAAAUUCUAAGUCUGAAGUGUUAACAAAAUUUGGCAUGUUUCCAAAAGGGAGUGUGUUAUCGUAUCAGCAAGGACUUACAAAGGGUACCAUUAUAAAUGAUGAUAGUCACACAACCUUUCCAGACUUUCCACUCAAAAACAGUAUUGGUCCCUCAAGUAUUCCAACAGAUCACAGUGAUUCACAAACAGUCAACCUAGAAGCUCUCUCUGUGACUAUUGAUCAAAGUAUUGAGAUUGAGAAAUCAACUCGGACACAGUCAUCGCUUCCCAAGUGGCGCAAAGUCAGACAAUCCAGAUUAACUGCAUCUGUUGCUGGUGCAAUAAUAAAGAAAAAGAGAGGAUUUGAUAACUAUGCCACCUUCUUAAAAACUGGAAAGAAGAUCAUGACAGCGCCAAUGAGACAUGGUCGGGCAUGUGAGCCAACUGCAGCCCAAACCUAUGCUGAUGAUACAAGUGUGAAUAUGUUCAGGUGUGGUGUGGUUAUCAGCCCAAUCUGUCCCUGGCUUGGAGCAUCACCUGAUAGAAAAAUCUACAAUCCUAGUCGAAACCCACCCUAUGGCUUACUGGAAAUAAAAUGUCCAACUAUUCCCAAAUCAAGAUUAGAAUACUUGCAUGUGUCUGACGGUGAGUUUCAACAUAAAACAAACCACAACGUCUACUACCAAAUACAGAUGCAGACGGCUGUAACUGGCCUGACAUGGUGUGAUUUGUUUGUGUGGCACGAGGACUAUCAUCAUUUAGAAACUCUUUAUUUCAACCAACAUGACUGGGAUACAAAAAGCAAGACAAAAUUGGAUGAUUUUUUCUUCAAAUAUUUUCUUAACUGAACUGUCAAUUUCAAUAUUGACAAAAUGGCAACUGAAAAGCAAUUUUACCUGAAUGGACUUGAUACCCACCUGCGGAAUAUUAGAAAUUAUUGUAAAUACUCUUUUACUGUACUAUUAAAUUGAUUUAUUGUUGAUUUUUUUCAGUUAUUCUAUAGCAUAGUUACUAAAACCUUUUGAAGAG